AUGUUUCAACUGAUUGAGAAGGAGAAGAAGCGCCAGUGGCGCGGCAUCGAGCUCAUCGCGUCCGAGAAUUUCACCUCGCAGGCCGUGCUCGAGGCGCUGGGCAGCCCGCUGACGAAUAAAUACUCCGAAGGCAUGCCCGGAGCGCGAUACUACGGCGGGAAUGAGUACAUCGACGAGAUCGAGAAUCUUUGCCGGAACCGCGCGCUCGAAGCGUUCCAUCUCGACCCCGCGAAAUGGGGAGUCAACGUGCAGCCGUAUUCGGGCAGCCCGGCAAAUUUCGCGGCGUACACAGCGAUUUUGCAACCUCACGAUCGCGUGAUGGGCCUGGAUCUGCCCUCCGGCGGUCACCUGACGCACGGUUAUUAUAUGGCAAACGGAAAGCGUAUAUCGGGGACGUCGAUCUACUUCGAAUCUCUGCCGUACAAGGUCGAUCCCGAGACGGGCAUCGUGGAUUACGCGAAGCUCGAGGAGAAGGCUAUUGAUUUUCGACCGAAGAUGAUCAUUUGCGGCGGGAGCGCGUACCCUCGCGAGUGGGACUACGCGCGAUUCCGUGCGAUUGCGGACAAAGUCGGUGCGACGCUCCUGUGCGACAUGGCGCAUAUCAGUGGACUUGUGGCGUCGCAGGAAGCUGCGAAUCCCUUCGACUACUGCGAUCUCGUCACAACCACGACGCACAAGAGCCUGCGCGGCCCGCGCGCGGGGAUGAUCUUCUUCCGCCGCGGCCCCAAGUCCGCUGCGCAGGCCAAUGGCGCGGCGUCCCCGGCGGGGAAAGCGGCCGCGUCGCCAAGCAAGGCAGGCGCGAAGGCGGCGGCGGCGGCGGACGACGGGAUGUACCACUUCGAGGAUCGCAUCAACUUCGCGGUGUUCCCGACGCUCCAAGGCGGCCCGCACAACCACCAGAUCGGCGCGCUUGCCGUGGCGCUCAAGCAGGCGUCCACUCCCGCGUUCAAGGCUUACGCGCAGCAGGUGAAGGCCAAUGCCCGUGUGCUGGGCGAGGCACUAGUAGCGAAGGGCUACAAGCUGGUUACCGGAGGCACGGACAACCACCUGCUGCUGUGGGAUCUUCGGCCAUUGGGCCUCACUGGCAACAAGAUGGAGAAGGUGUGUGACAUCGCCCACAUCACACUCAACAAGAAUUCCGUCUUUGGUGACAGCAACGCAUUGGCACCUGGUGGUGUCAGAAUAGGCACCCCCGCCAUGACCUCUCGAGGCCUAGUUGAGAAAGACUUCGAGAAGGUGGGUGAGUUUCUGGACAGAGCAGUCAAAAUCAGCCUGGACAUUCAGAAGGAGAAAGGGAAGCUUCUGCGUGACUUCCUCAAGGACCUGGAGCAGAAUAAGGAGCUGCAGGCACUGAAGGAGGAGGUGGAGGCGUUCAGCGCUGGGUUUGAAAUGCCCGGGUUCGAUGUUGCAUCCAUUCAGGUGUAG